CCCCCAGUAAAUUCCUACCAAUAUAUGAACACUAAGCAAAGCAACAACAGUCUCUCUUCUUUUGCCAUGAAGCUUCUUCAUACUCCAUCGGUAUACCAUGCUUGCUUCACGUUGCUCUGUAUUUCUUGUAUUUACGGCUGCAUCGAAUGCACAACCACGUUCAAACCUGGAACGGGAGCACUGGCAAGAGGCCGUGCCGAGUUGAAUCUCACAGCGGUACUGAACACAACUGAUCCACUGUAUUUGUAUUACUGGAGUGUAAAUGUCUCUGCGAACUGUAGUGGUUUCGAGUGCAUAAAUGAAACAGGAACCUGUGAUCAUUUAAGGAAAAAUAAUCUCACAAGUGAUCAGUACAAUUUCACACGGUCCUUCCUCACUGCAAAUAAGCAAUGGACAAACGAAUCUUAUAUGGGAAAAUUCAACAAUAGUCGAUCUCCACCAAUUGAAAUGAUGGUGACUAACCUUACAAGUGGUUCUACAGGGAGCUGGGACGUGCAGUUGUGGUUUAAUCAACCAGAUACAUACAACUGCAGCGUUGUAACCAUCACAAAGAAGAAUUCAAGUGGACGUAGCCGUUUUUCAGAAUGGGCAGACUGUUGGGUGCGCUGGCGCGUGCAAUGCAUGUCAUCGAUCACUUCUGUUAAAGCAGCUUCACAAAGAGGACUCUACGAGAUAUGACAACGCGGGUAGACCUGUAUUAAACAUUUGGCAGUGAAUCCACUGAAAGAAAGCAUAAAUUUCAUAUGUACAUAGAAAAAUAAAAGAUUUCAUUCUGUU